AUGAUUGAGCCGUUCCAGACGACCUUCGCGGUCCCGAUGACCUGCGAGGGCUGCGUGAAAGAUAUCUCCGGCUCGCUUAACAAGAUUGAAGGAAUCAACAAAGUCGACGCCAACCUCAAGGAGCAACUAGUCUUCAUCGAGGGCACCGCACCACCCAGCAAGAUCGUUUCUGCUAUCCAGGACACCGGUCGUGAUGCGAUUCUCCGCGGUAGCGGUACAUCCAACAGUUCCGCCGUCUGCAUUCUCGAAACGCACUCGAAUAGCGUCUCGAACAAGAUCCGCGGACUCGCGCGCAUGGUCCAGGUUUCCUCCAACAUGACUCUUGUCGACUUGACUAUCAACGGACUCUCGCCGGGCCGCUACUGGGCUACCGUCAGACAAGCUGGAGACAUUUCGCAGGGAGCGUCUUCAACGGGUGGAAUUUGGGAGGCAUUGAAAUCAACUGUUCUUGGCUCGGAGACCCCCAAGGAGCCCCGGGGUGUGUUUGGAACUGUGGAUGUGGACGAGAAGGGCCGUGGGAAUGUCUUCAUGGACCGGCCGGUUGCUAUCUGGGAGAUGAUUGGCCGGAGUAUGGUGCUUUCGAAGUCGAAGGAAGGCCCGUUCAAGCGGGAAGACCCGGAUACGCUGGUUGGCGUUAUUGCUCGCAGUGCUGGUGUGUGGGAUAACGACAAGAUGGUCUGCUCGUGCUCCGGAAAGAAUGUGUGGCAGGAGCGUCAGGAGCAGGUCUCUCAAGGCAUGGUUUGA